AUGACUGUGACCGAAGACAAACCUGUGGAGAUCAUCACUCCUGUUGGGCAGAUUGGGUAUGGAUAUCCGAUUGAUCCCUUCUUGGAGGAAUGUAGGCGUAUGCCAGAGGGGUCGUUCAUCAUUGCCGAUUGUGGAAGUACAGACUCUGGUCCACAGAAGCUAUGCUUUGGUCUUUUGACCGCCCCAAGGGAAAGUUACCUUCGUGACAUGCGUCCCAUCUUCGCCAUGGCUCACGAGAGGGGAUUCAAAGUACUUUUCGGUUCUGCCGGUGGUCACGGAAGUAAUUCUCACGUCGAUGAAUUCGCAGACAUCGUCAACCAGAUCUGUAAAGAAGAAGGUUACAGCUUCAAAGUCGCCAAGAUCUACGCCGAAAUUGAUAAAGAUCUCAUCAAGAGUCAUAUCGCUAACGGAACCUGCACUCCUUGUGGUCCUGUACCCGAGUUGACCGAUGAGGAGGUGGAGAAAUGUCCUAGAGUUGUAGCUCAGAUGGGGUGUGAACCUUUCAUCAAGGCUUUGGAAGGUGGUGCGGAUAUAGUCCUUGGUGGUCGGGCGUACGACCCUGCUCCGUACGCGGCUGUAUGUAAUAUGGCCGGCAUCGACCCAGGUUUGGGAUGGCACAUGGGUAAGAUUGUCGAGUGCGGUGCUUUAUGCGCAACUCCGAGAGGUAAAUCUAUCCGGGCCACUAUACGAAAGGACAGUUUUGAUUUGACUCCCGUCAACACUUCUGAACGUUGUAUUCCUAUCUCUGUGGCCGCUCAUACCUUAUACGAAAAAAGCAGACCCGAUCUCCUCCCUGGUCCUGGCGGUAUUCUCGAUCUCAACAAUUGUACCUACACCGCUGUAUCGGACCGAACCACUCGCGUUUCUGGAGCAGUGUUCAAACCUCAGCCUUACACCGUCAAAUUGGAAGGUGCCAAACCUCUUGGAUUUAGGGCGAUCGUUGUUGCCGGGAUGAAAGAUCCUAUUCUCAUCCGACAGAUUGACGCUUGGUUGGAGAUCGUUCGCAAGACUGUCAUGGCUAUGAUGGACAACUUUGAUCCUGAGAUUGAUCGUUUGGCGUGGCACGUAUAUGGCAAGAACGGAGUCAUGGGAGAACUCGAACCCGACAAGGACGCUCUAUCUCACGAACUACUCAUCAUGGCCGAGACUCUCUCCUCCACUCAAGAUCGCGCCAAGCAGAUUGGUAACCGUCUUCGUAUUGCCCUUCUUCACACGCCAUACCCUGGUCAGAUGGCAAACUCUGGCAAUGUAGCUUUCCCCUAUGCGCCAUUCGAAACUCCUCUCGGACCUUUCUGCGAGUUCAACGUAUAUCACAUCAUACCCACCGAUGACGCCCUCGCUCUUUUCCCCGUCGAGUAUCUCGACAUCUCAUACUCUGCCCCCGCAUCCAACGGCGCUAACGGUCACACCAACGGGGCUGCCAAUGGGAAUGGACAUGUGAAGAAAGAAGCUAAAGUCGAUCCGUAUUCCGCUGUGGCCAAAGAAGUCGCGGCUUAUUCUCAAUCCGGCAAGCCGAAGCCUACUUUCAAAGAGCUCGUUGCUGCAGGAAGGAAGUCGGCUGCCGUAUCGGAACUUGCGCGAUUUGUCAGGAGUAAAAAUGCUGGACCGUACGAAGUCACUUUCGAUGUCAUGUUCGCAGAAGACCUAGAAUACGAAUGGGUGAAACAAACAGGAGUGUUCAAAGCAGCGACUUUGGCAAAGAUGUACAACACCAAACCCGAGAACGUGGUGACUUGCAUGUUCUUCGACCCCGCUCGCGCUUUCAAGUUUACCAUCCCUCGUCCAAGGGUAGAAGGUGGAUUCGGAGAAACGGACAUGCACGCAGCUCAGGAGUACAUGCCUAUCGCUAGACUCCAAAUCCCAUUGCCGGAUCAUUUGUAGAUAUGGAUUUUAUACUGGUAGUUGGUGUAUCUCAUUGCUCU